CGGUCGGGCUGCGCGCUUGUGUGUUGUGCUAGGUCGGCGGUCGGCGCGCACCGCGCGCUCGGCCGCGCCCACCGGCGCAAGCGAACGUGAAAAAGUAUGACCCGUUCUUACACAUAUGAGAUCGCUAUAUAAGUCUAUGCCGACUCAUUUUGCUCUCAUUUCGGCUCACGCUCAACUUUGGCCAAUACAUCAAUAUUUUUGGCGCAACAGCUAAUUUUUUAUGAAAUACAAAAUUUGUAUGAUAUAAAUUUUAGGUAAAUUUUACCACUGAGAAGAAAAAAAACGAAAUGAAUACGGUAAUAUUGGCGGUCGCAUUGACGCUUACGAGUGUGUGCGCGUAUCACGAUCCGGAUCUUAACUACCACUUAAGCCAAUUGCAAGCCGCUCCGAACCGUGACAACGGCCACACUGGCUCCGGUCCCGGAUACUCGUAUCUGCCACCAGCCGUUCAGCUCACCACUUCUGGAGUAAAAGUGGCCGGUCCUGUAGUCUCGCAACAAGUAUUCUCAGCCCCUGCGUAUCAGUAUUCUGGAUCUAGCAGCUAUCAAGCGGGAGCUGCAUACCAAGCCGCAGCAGGAUAUCAAGCUGGAGCAGCCUAUCAAGUUUCUGCACCCAUUCAACAGCAACUUACGCCGGCAUUUCAAACCUCAUCGCUGGUUUCGCACGCAAAUGCUGCUCCUGCAUACUCAGCCCAAAGAGAAUUUCACGGCUACGCCACUUCCGCCGGCCUGUCUGCGGCAGCAUCUUCUGGGAAAACAGUGACACCUCUCGCAACGUACGCUCAGGCGCCCAUCAUUGCCAAAGUGACAGCAGCUCCGCUGAUUGCCAGAUUUACAUUGGCUGCGCCCAAAAAUAACUUUGUGUCUCAGAACUUAGUGUCGCAACAAGCGUCAUACGCUGCCGGGUCAGCAGAAGCGUACAGUUCGGAGGAGACGGCUAGCCCAGUCGUGGCGCAGGUGUAUGCGGCUCCAUCUGCUGGGUACGCGACAUCGCCCGCCCUAAGACAACAGUCUCCCCAACUUUUUGAGCCGUCACGAUACACGGUAGCGCAACCUGCUGUAUCUCAGUAUAGAGCAGCCCCGAUUUCUGGAUUGACGGCCGUCGCGCCGGUGGUCUCACAAUACCGAGCGCCAGUGAUAGCUCAAUACCAGUCUGCUCAGCUCGCCCCUGCUGUAUCCCAGUACGCUGCACCAGCAGUUGCCCAUGUCGCGCCUGCAGUGACCCAGUUCGCUGCUCCAGCCAUCUCCCAGCACGCGGGUCAAUCGGUGGCGUACUCCACGUCGUCCAUCAGCCAUCACUCCGGCGGCAGCAUAGCGCAGUACGCCGCGGCGCCGGUGGCCGUCAACCACAACAUCGCCGUGGCCGCUCCAGCGAGGAUCGCUCAUGUCAAAAAUGUUCACACGGACUUCCUGCAGAAUUAUGACGCGCAUCCUCGCUACGCGUUCGAGUACGCCGUCAACGACCCGCACACCGGUGACAUCAAGCACCAGAAAGAACAACGCGACGGAGAAGUCGUCAAGGGUCAGUACUCGCUGGUGGAGCCGGACGGGUCCGUGCGCACCGUCGACUACGUAGCCGACUGGGAGACCGGUUUCCACGCCAACGUGCGCAAUGACAGACACCACUAGUGCCCUAAAUGGACGAUGGGGAUUACGUCAAUGGAUUUCAAUAACAGUGCAACCC